AUGGGAAACAAACUGUGCUGCAUUAACAACGACUUGCAAAACAGCAAGUCGAGCAUAGAUAUAUAUAAAUAUGACCCCAGGGAAAUAUACGGAGACUACGACGACUGGACCUUGGAGAGCUGGAUCGACAAGUACAAAAAUGGAAACUCAAUUAAAGUGGCCUUUCCAGAUGGUAAUGAAAUUCAGUGCCACUUUAAAAUCUUUCUCAAGGAAAGAUGUUUUGAGUUAUCCCUAGACAAUAAAGUUCGAGUCAUCAAAUUCAAUGACAUAAAUUGUAUACUUCAUAGAAACAGCUGCGAGUCGUUACUAGAGUCGGAGCAGAACUUGCUGAAGUCCCCCAAGGUCAUAGGUAUUCGCUUGAUAAGCACUCUUAAGGCCAUUGCCUUUGCCAUGGACAGCCCCGGAGAGGCACGCAUGUUUUACGAGUUUAUAGAGAAGUACUGCCUAAACGGUUAGGCGAGUGGGAAAAGAGAUAAGCGAAAGGGAAAAGAAGCGAAAUGGAAAAGAAGCCAAAAGAAGCCAAAAAAGCACUAAAACAAAGACGUCGAACGGAGAACCCCCCGGUACGCAUGACCCGUACCACCCAGAACAACAGAGUGCACUAACCAAAUGAGGGAAGUCAUUUUCGCAGGUGACUCAUGGGGACUGGCGCAAACCUCGCCACGCCGUCCGUCCUGUACCCGCGUGUGUGUAUUACUGUAUACAAUGCGUGUGAGGGGUACACCCCAACCUGCCUGCGCUUGCGCAGAUGAAGCCUUUUACAUAAUUCGAACUGCUUUUCAGUUGACGCAUUUUAAACCACGUUUGUUUUUUCUACCCUACACCCAACGCUUAAGUAAGCCCACCCCCUUUUUUUUUUUUUAACUUAUCUGCGGUUGGCCAUUUGAUCUCCACAUAUACAUACGCGCUGUGCUCUUUGGUUAACUUGCUUUGUUUAUUUAUUUUUUACCCAUAUGAUUUCUUUUUUUUAACCCAUAUUGUUCCUUUCUUUUUUUACCAUGGAAGCGUCUUUUUUUACUCCUCCAAAGUGCACACAUAUGUAUUUUUUUUUUUAAUUUUUUCCUGAUUCUUACAAUAAUAACCCCAAUGUACGCAUACGCCUAUAUGUUAAC